UACAUCAUUAAUUACAACAACUGGUUGGAAGAUUCAGUAAACCAAAACACUUUUUCACAACUGAGUACCAUUUAUCCUAUCAUUUCCAAGACCUGAACAUAAGAUUUGAUGUACCAUCUUCGAGCACCAACGGAGAAAUCGAUUCACUUUGGUCAAGGUGAUAUUCAAACCGCAACUGGCUAUCAUGGGCAAGAGUUGUGUUUUCCAUAGGGGAAAAGAAAUUGAAACCUCAAUGCAUUUCUAUUAGCAGUAAAGAUAUUUAUACUAGUUAAAGAUAGCUUUGUACAAGGUAAAGGAAACUAAUAUCCGAAAUUCUACUCUACGCUCCAGAAGCAGGAGCUCUCAACUAAGAUAUACCAGGAUAACUAGUAUACUACAAUUUGAAGGUCCAAACUCCACAUGGAAUGGCCAAUUCUUGAGUCACUCGUACAGAGAUGCGCGUCCUUCUCCCACAUAAAGCAACUCCAAGCUUACUUCAUCACAACCGGCACCUUCAACUGCCGCAUUCGCUCCAAACUCCUCGAUCUUUGUGCCAUCGCCCCCUUUGGCUCUCUCUCCUUUGCUAUCUCUGUUUUCCACCAAAUCCCAACUCCUUUUACCAAUGACUUCAAUGCCAUUAUCCGCGGCCUGAUGCAAAGCCCUCAACCCUCCACCGCUUUCGCAUGGUACAGAGCCAUGCUACGUGGAUCUUUCAGAGUGGAUGCCCUCACUUGCUCUUUCACUCUUAAAGCUUGCGCACGUGUCUUGGCUGCUACGGAGUCUCUUCAACUUCAUGCUAACAUCAUACGCUUUGGGUUCAUGGCGGAUGCUUUGUUAGGAACUACUUUGCUGGAUCUGUAUGCUAAAGUUGGCAAUCUAAGUUAUGCUAGGAAAGUGUUCGAUGAAAUGCCUCAAAGAGAUAUCGCCUCGUGGAAUUCCUUGAUUUUCGGGUUGGCUCAAGGGAGCCAAGCGAGUGAAGCAUUAGAUUUGUUUAAGAGAAUGGGAGUUGAAGGUUUAAAGCCUAAUGAGGUAACAGUUAUUGGUGUUCUUUCAGCGUGUUCGCAUAUGGGAGAUUUUAAAGAAGGUCUAAAGAUUCAUGGGUUUAUAAGGAACCAAAAGUUUGAUAUGAACCUGCAAGUUUGUAAUGCGCUUAUUGAUAUGUAUGCAAAUUGCGGAUUUGUGGAUAAGGCGUAUGGUGUGUUUGAUGACAUGGAUUGUAGAAAGUGUCUCGUUACAUGGAAUACUAUGAUCAUGGCCUUUGCAAUGGACGGAGAUGGAUGUAAAGCGCUGGAACUUUUUCAGCGAAUGGAUGGAGCUGGGGUGCAACCAGAUGCUGUCACAUAUCUCACUGUAUUAUGUGCUUGUAAUCAUGCUGGCCUGGUGGAGGAUGGUGUGAGAUUGUUUAAUAUGAUGGGGAAGCAUGGAGUGGAGCCUAAUGUAAAGCAUUAUGGGUGUAUGGUUGAUUUGCUAGGUCGAGCCGGGAGGCUUAAAGAAGCUUAUGAUAUUAUCAAUUCCAUGCCAAUGGUGCCUGACGUGGUGCUUUGGCAGAGUUUGCUUGGAGCUUGCCGGAUUUACAAGGAUGUGGAGAUGGCAGAGAUUGCUUCGAGGAAUCUAGUAGAGAUGGGGUCUACUAAUUGCGGGGAUUUUGUGUUGUUAUCAAACAUAUAUGCUGCGCAUGAGAGAUGGAAUGAUGUUGGUAAGGUGAGGGAUGCUAUGAAGAACAGGGAUGUGAAAAAGGUGCCUGGUUUUAGCUACAUAGAGGUGGACGGUUUGAGGCACAAGUUUUUCACCGAUGAUAAGAGCAAUGCCAGGUGGAAAGAGAUAUAUGCGAAAUUGGAUGAGAUCAGAUUCAAGAUUAAAGAGUUGGGCUACGUUGCAGAGACUAGUUUUGUUCUUCAUGACAUAGGGGAGGAGGAGAAGGAGAACCAACUGUGUUAUCAUAGUGAGAAGUUGGCAGUGGCCUUUGGCUUGAUUAGUACGAGUGAAGGAACCCCAAUUCGAGUGAUCAAGAAUCUUAGGAUAUGUGGAGAUUGUCAUGUUGUGAUUAAGCUCGUAUCAAAGUUAUAUAAGCGACAAAUUGUCGUGAGAGAUCGAGUUCGGUUCCACAAAUUUAUAGAUGGAUUCUGUUCUUGUCGAGAUUACUGGUAAGUGCAACACUAGCAAAAUGUUAAUUGAUAAUUUAACAGAUUCUUCUUUUCCCA